AUGCUCAAGGGCGGUGUCAUCAUGGACGUCGUCAACGCUGAGCAGGCACGCAUCGCCGAGGACGCCGGUGCCUGUGCCGUCAUGGCGCUCGAGAAGAUUCCCGCUGACAUCCGUGUCGAGGGUGGCGUCGCCCGCAUGUCGGACCCUGCCAUGAUCAAGGAGAUCCAGGAGACCACCACCGUCCCUUGCAUGGCCAAGGUACGAAUCGGCCACAUCGUCGAGGCCCAGAUCCUCCAGGCUAUCGGCGUCGACUACAUUGACGAGUCCGAGGUGCUCACCCCUGCCGACGACCAGCACCACAUCAACAAGCACAACUUCAAGGUUCCCUUCGUCUGCGGUGCCAAGAACCUCGGCGAAGCGCUCCGACGUAUCUCGGAGGGUGCCGCCAUGAUCCGAACAAAGGGUGAGGCCGGUACCGGAAAUGUUGUAGAGGCUGUCCGUCACCAGCGCACCAUCCAGGGCGAGAUCAAGCGCGUCUCGUCCAUGAGCGACGAGGAGCUCUACGCGUACGCCAAGGACAUCCAGGCUCCCUUCCACCUUCUCAAGGAGACCGCUCGUUUGAAGCGUCUUCCCGUCGUCAACUUUGCCGCCGGUGGUAUCGCUACCCCCGCCGACGCUGCGCUCAUGAUGCAGCUCGGCAGCGACGGUGUAUUCGUCGGUUCGGGUAUCUUCAAGGGCAACAACCCCGCCCAGCGUGCACGCGCCAUCGUCGAGGCUGUCACCCACUACAACGAUCCCGCCAAGCUCGCCGCCGUCUCGGAGAAUCUCGGUGAGGCCAUGGUUGGUCUCAACAUCACCAAGGACAUCAAGGGCGGUCGUCUCGCUGAUCGCGGCUGGUAA